AUGGCCAUCUUUCUUUUUCUUCGCUUAGCUGCCUAUUCUGCUUCUGUCCUCCACCGAAUUGGCCACAACAAGCCGGCCGACUACAGACGACGCCUUUCAGCCGAGCUGCGUCAGUCCCUUUUCGAUGGCGGUAUUCUCUCUGCCGAGCCGGCAAACGGAGUUUCUCAGCCACCUCAUCUCAAUGAUUCUUCCUUGAGGUACGCAAGUCCCAAGCCCCUGAAUUCCAUAGAAGCUAUGCUUAACUCAGCUCAAUCCCCGCCCGGCCAUCCACUACAAGACGAAACAGGUUAG